AUGGCUCAUAAAGCUUCUCAUGGACAGGGGUACUAUGAAAAGCAGGGGGUGCUCGUGUUCCGACUGGCGGCCGAUUUUGCUCAAUCGACUCUGGCAGGGCGCAAGACGCUUUCGAGAGCCUGCACCAUUGUUUGCUUGAAGAUGGCUGAAUCGGUCCACCGAAGCGCGCUCUCAAUGAUGUCCAUUCCGGUCAGGCAGCAGGCCUUCCGACAGGCGCGACUAAAAUCUUCGAAUGCUGAGGCCCACCAGCGACCAACGUCUCUUUGCAAACGGAUGAUAACCGCUUACGCGAAUGCCAUCCUCGAUGCGAAUGCCAUCCAUGAAGAAGCCGUUGAGAAACAGAAGCGACACGACCUGAAUUUUAACAUUCCAGACGCGGUUCGAGUAUGCGGGGGAAAAUUCAUUGAGGUGGAUUUCUGCGCGGUCAACGAGCUGAUGAGCGAAUCAUUGCCAAGGCUUCUAAAAAUGAUUACAAAAGACGUUCGAUUGAAAUCUCUGCCCAAACUCUUCCUUAUCCUCGUCGCCUACGAGCGCGCCAUCUUGUUCGUGGUUGACCGGAAGCGCGGGUCAAUUGUGCUCUUUGACUCCCACACGCAUAUGGUCGAGCAGAAGGUCGAAGGGGCCUACAUCGCAGCCGCAUCGCUCACAAAUAUGAACGUCUUCUGCGAGUGGAUCGUCGAAAAUAUCUUCCCGGAGGCUUCGAUAACAACCCAAGAAUACGAGCUAUCCGUCCUCCACUUCACGGAGCGGCCGACCCCGGGGGACUGUCACACCAGCUUACAUAUCCCAGUCGUGUCCUGCCGGCUAUUCAACGAAGCAAGGAAGGGGUGUGCUGCC